AUGGCUGUGCGGUUUUCUUGUUCUCGCCAAACUUUGCUUCUCCAGCUGAUCCUUCUCGGCUGGCAGGCAAAGGCGGCUGAAGUCCCUGAAGGUUCUGCAGCGGAGGCACGAUUGACGCACAGCUACUUCAGCUCGCUUUGCGGCUGCGUCAACGCCUUCCGCAACGACCAAGGAGCCGUGUUCACUGCUGAGGAGGUGUCAGCACAAGCCAGCGGUGCUGGGGCGUUUCUGAGUCCAAGCUACACCUCGGAGGCGCAGCGGGGAGAGCGAGAGCAGUAUGCUGAAGCUCGCUGCAUGGGAGUGCUUGGCCUCCACGGAGGAGACCUUCAUCCAACACAACUUGGCGCUGCCACGGGCCCUUGCUGCACCAGUAUGCUGACAAGUGCAUUCCUGGCAAUGGCCGAUGCGCAGGGCGUGGUGAAGUUCCAACGUUCCGGGGUGCUGCUUGUGCUGCAUCUGAACCGCGACUCCCCGGAAGUGCGCUAUGAGCUCUACUGGAAUGGAAACGCGGCCCCCUUCGAUGCUGGGUCUGGGCUCGUUGAUGGCGAUUCCGUAUACCUUGUGAAUGUCGGAGGCACUUCAAAAGAAGAGCAAGGCUUUAGCGCUCUGCCCUACAUUCACCACGAAGUCUCCGCCACUGCCCGCGGUCAGAUCAUUGGUGGCAGGCUCCAGAUUCAGUCGCUCUAUUCCCAGGAGAAGCGUGAGGAGGACUUCCCAGGCUCCAUGGUGCCCGGUCAGCCGACUUUCCGAAGUCAGGAGCUUCCCAUCUGGAUUUUGGGGAGUUUUGACAAGGAGGGGCAAAGCGCUUGGGCGUCCUACAUUCCUGCAGUUUUCGCCAGUGGCCUGAAGACCUAUCUCAUCCCCACAGGGGACGCGCAGUGCGCAACCGUCACAAGGCUCGUGGAGGAUUACAAGGCGACUGGCAAGAAGUCUCCUCCUGCAAGCUUCCUUCAGAAGCAGGAGGAGCAUCAGCUCUCCAACGUGACUUAUGCGGAAGUUCGCCGGCAUGAGGUUGAGACGUCCAAUGCACUGCCUCGAACGCUCCGACACAUCAUACUUCGAAUCCACUACUUCUUCACGCGCGGCGGGUACCAGAAGUUCUUCGGCAUCGCUACCUCCGACCCCGGCUGCAAAAGCGGGGGCGGCCGUUCCAAUGCUUUUGGCGGCCUGGUUCGAUGCAGCCGCUGGCUGAUGUGCGUGUCCUGCUGA